CUGCGUCUUGGAUCAAAUGCUACCUCUUCGAUUCCAGUCCGAUCUCAAGUUAUCUCGAUCGGUUUUAAAAAAAAAUUGCCCACCAAGAAAUGGAGCUUGGCUUGAGCUUAGGCCUGGGCUUAACCACCAUUAAUGGAAGACCUGUCGGACAUCAAGAAGAAGAAGAAGGCCAAGAGCCGCCGGACAAAUUCAAAGAAUCCCAGACCGAUUCCGCCGCCGACGGCGACUACGACGACGAUGACUUCGAGCACGCCACGUCGUCGUCGGAAGAGCCCCGCCGGGGCUCGGGUCGACGGUUUGCCCUGUUCGCCUCCCCUGUUCCGCUCGACCUCCUGCCUCCCGCCCCUGUUCAGUACAUGACCGUCGGAUUCCGUCCGGCGGCCGGAAGGCCGGCGGCGGAGGAGGCGUCUUCGCCGAACAGCGUGGCCUCGUCGUUCCGGGCGGUCGACUUCAGCGUUUUCAAGCGGAACAGGCCCGGCGCCGGGAUGGAAGAGAACAGGGGAGCAGGUCAGAUGAACGGCGGCGCAACGGCGGUGGAGAGGGCGAGCGACGACGACGAGAACGCGGCGAACGGCCGGAAAAAACUACGGCUUUCGAAAGAACAGGCAGCUUUUCUUGAAGAGAGCUUUAAAGAACAUCACACUCUCAAUCCUAAGCAAAAGCAUGCCCUUGCAAAGCAGCUGAAUCUCCGGCCAAGGCAAGUGGAAGUGUGGUUCCAAAACAGAAGAGCCAGGACGAAGUUAAAACAAACAGAAGUGGACUGUGAGUACUUGAAGAAGUGGUGUGAGAAGCUGAGGGAAGAGAACAAAAGACUGAGCAAAGAAUUGCAAGAACUCAGAGCUUUGAAGUCUUCCAAUCCCUUCCACAUCAAUCAUCCCCCCACCACUCUCACCAUGUGCCCCUCCUGCAAAAAGGUCGCCGCCGCCGACUCGGGUCCCGCCCUCCCGCUCCCGGCAAAUCCCUCGCCCAGACUCAUGUUCCCGUUCCCACCAGUAGCGGCUCCGCAGACUCCUGCCCACCAAUCUGCGGGGUCGUGAAGGUCUUUGAGUUAGUACUCGUUCUGGCCUCUCUAAGUGUACCCCGGAGUUAAUUUGAUUUUAUUGGCUUAAGUCAAAUUAGUCUGUCUAGUUCAAAAAUCCCUCUAAUGAAAUUUAUGUUCACCG